AUGCUGGUGGUGCCCGUGGAUGGAUUUCAUUCCCUUCCACUUGCAACUGUGAAACUGCGUGAUCCUUCCUUUACAUCAUCCUGUCGAAGUUUGAGCCGGUGUCUCUCUUUGCUACAGAGAUCAAAUUUUAAUGCCAAGAGGCAACAGCAAUGCUACGGUUCUUUGAGGAAUCUUGUCUGUCUGCAAGGGGUGGAGUCAGAUGCUGCUGCUGAUGCUGAUGAUGACGAGGAAGAUGGAGAAAUUAGAGGGAAAACCGAUGAAAGCUUGCUUCGUCAAGUGGAGCUCCAACAGCAGCAAAUCAAUCAACUCCUUUCAAUGAUGACCACUCAACAGGAACAGAAAUCAAAGCCAGAAGAAGACGAAGAGCCUCCACCAAAACAAGUAGAAGAACCAAUGCCUCAAACCGAUCCCAGUCCAGCACAAAAUUCACCUCCUAGAACGUCUUUUUCUCAGCAUGGAAUGCCUCCACAGCCAUUGCAACCACCACCACCUCCUCAGAGACAUCAGGCUCCCGUCGCUCCUGCAGUAGCCACCACGGCCAUGAGCCCCCUCAAAGCCAUGCUCUUUGUGGACGGAACCUGGCUGUACUACUCCAUCCAUGAACGACAAGACUAUCUCUGUCCCAUCAUCAAAAAAUAUGGACGAGGAUGGCAACGCAAGUACUAUUUUGACUGGUCCGCCUUGCCUCGAGUCAUCUGUCAGGCACUCUACGAACACGACGACGGUUGGGCCGUCCAAUCCCGACCCGUAGAAAUUGCCCGUGUCUCUGUCUUUACAUCAUACAAAGCCCAUACCAAUCCCAACUCGUACCGCUUUCAAAUGUACCAAGACAUGUCCAAGGCAAACUUUGAUGUGCACAUGAUGGAGACGGUCGGCAAGAGCGAAAAAUGCGUUGAUAUCAACAUUGCCGUAGAAAUGUUGCACUACGCCACGGUGCCCAAUGCGUACGAUGUGGCGCUUCUCCUUACGGGAGACAAGGAUUUCAUCCCCGCCAUGAUACGAACCCGACAAAAAGGACGCAAGGUGGGACUGGUCAGUAUGCGCAGUGGCUGCAACAAGGCAUUGAGUGAAAUACCCACCGAUAGCAACAAUCACAACGAACACAAUCACAACAUUCGAGAUUAUGAUGUAGUCUGGAUUGAAGAUUAUCUCGAUGAACUCAUCAAACCAAGGACCGAUGUCAAAAUUCCUGUGGAUUGGGGUGCUCUGACUCCCUUUACCGCCAUGAAAGUGAUUAGUGAUUUCAUUUCCCAAUCGGGUGACUUGAUGACAAGGGGUGUCAGUAGUAGAGAUUUGGGGAGAUACCUCAAGCGACUGGAAAUCGGACAUGGCAGCAACAAACGAACACUGCUGGAUGAAAUCAAGAUUUCCUACGGUGGUCUCCAUCAGUACUUUUUUGCGUCAGGCUGCUUUUCGACGCAUGCCCUGAAUGAUCAGGAAAUGGACCUUGCCGGACAAAGCGACCGGUCCUAUUGGGUCCGGCUCCGAAGUGAUGCCGACAUGACACUGAUGCGGGCGGCCAAGGCGGAUGAAUUGUCAGAUAUUGAAAAAGAAUUCUUUGACUCUUAUUCACUGGAACCAUUGGAAGAUAAGAAGGAAUCGUACUUUCAUUCCCUUCUGUUGCAAAGGAAAUUGCAAAGCUCCGAAAAUAAAAAUCCAAACUUCAAUCCUUAUGAACCAGAUUUCAAGCCGGACGUGAACCACCAUUUCCAAGCAACGAAUGGAGACGCCAACAAUCAUCAGCAGGAGGCACAAGAAGAAGAAUUGGAACUUCCCGAAGAGCUCACACAGGACUUUAGCACGUUGACAGUAGCAAAACUGAAGGAUUUCUGUCGAGGCAAUGGGCUGAAAGUAUCUGGAACCAAAGCGGAGCUGCUCGAACGCAUCCAAGAAUUUGUGGAUGUUCGAGUAGAGGAACUUGAGAAAGAGCACGAGGAAAAGCUGCUGCAGCAACAGCAAAGUCGCCAGGUCGUGAUGGACAAUCCACAAGACCCCAUGAACGGGAGCGAACCGGUGGCCCAAGACGGUGAUAUAGGAUACCUGGAGGCUCUGGUGAUUGAAUUUGCCAAGGCCAGUGGUGGCAAGGCCAACUCCAGAGAAUUGGGCAGGUACCUGUCAGCAAACAGGGCUUCGCCCAAGAGAAUGCAAUUGAGCAACAAUCAGAUCCGAGUAUCGGCGUUGCAAGAACUCAAGGAAAAUCACGGCUCUAUCAAGGGAUUUGUAGCGAACAAACCUUCUCUCUUUGAAAUGAAACCGAUUGACAGAUCCGAGUUCUCGGACCCAGAUGAUCCUCACAACAGGUACACUUUCUACGUUGCAUUGAGGGAACCGCCAUUGACGUCCAGUGUAUCAGCAAGGCCACAAGCCACUGAGCAACGGGCAUACUAG